AUGAAGCUUACAGAGGGCACUUUAGUAGGCCACUUUUUCUUUGUACUUCGGAAUGGGCCGAGUCCGAAGUUGAUCAGUCCUCAUCAAAGAAAAGUUUGGACCGUGCAAUUGUUUUCUACAAAUUGGUUUACAAACUUGCUGAACAACACAGCUCUAGUUUUGAAAGCCUUAUACAAAUGUUUCCUUUAUGAUAAUGACCAGAAGAUUCUCGAUUCCUCUAAUUUCCAGGUUCUUUUGAAGCCUAUUGUCUCCCAAUUUGUUGUGGAACCACCAGAAUCUAUUGAAUCAGUUAUGGAUGCUCCAUCAAUUGAAGAAGUAGAUGAAAAUAUUAUUUUGUGCUUGGGCCAAGUGGCAGUCACUGCACGAUCAGAUGUUCUUUGGAAGCCUCUAAGCCAUGAGGUGCUGAUGCAGACUAGGAGUGAUAAAGUUCGCCCCAAAAUGCUGGGUCUGAAGGUUAUCAGGUACAUGGUCCAACAUCUGAAGGAGGAGUACGUCGUUCUCCUACCAGAGACCAUUCCAUUCCUAGGCGAAUUGCUUGAGGAUGUGGAGCUUCCUGUCACGACACUGUCGCAGGAGAUCUUGAAAGGGAUGGAAACCCUCAGCGGCGAGAGCCUCGGGCAGUACCUGUGA